AAUAUGCGUCUCAAGGUCAGGUGAUCGGUGUACGUGUAUACAAAAAUAUAGAAACCAUAAAUAUAGCCUAGCUCAUUCGGUAUAAGUAGAGACGAACAAUUAAAAUGGCGUCACGGGAGGCACUCUGCGGGAAGUUGCAGAAGGAUAUCGACCUGAAAUCGAGUGCAGCCCAUUACUAUAAGUUGUGGAGGAAGGAGAGCCACAAGAUCCCCACUGCUUCGUCACCAAACGUUCAGGCAGUAGCUCUUCAUGAAGGUGACUGGCACACCCAUGGAGCUAUCAAGACCUGGAACUACACCAUCGGUAGGCUACGCUUCGCUGUGUAUAUUUUCAGUGUGGGACCUGGAAUCGUAACCCCUGCUCUCACUCGUAUUGUGGUAUCCAACACGACCGGAUGGGCUGAGCUUAUAAAUGAUGGGAAACCAACAGUACUCAAGGAGAAGGUGGGGUUCAAUGAUGCGAACAUGACUAUUACCAUCCACGGCAUUGAGGGAGACCUUUACAACGAGUUAAAGGUCUUCAGGCUCACAAUCAAGGUUAUUCCGAAGAACAAUGGUUCCGUGGCAAAGCUGGCCAUAGAGUAUGAGAGGUUGAACGAGGAUAUGCCGAUUCCCAACAAUUACAUGGAUUUAGUUGUCAGCGUGGUUCAGGAUACCGAUGCCCAUGUCCACAGGGCAUCGACUUAAGAGGAUUGCGCAUCUUCGGUCAUGUCUGUGGGUGCAAUGUUUUCUGUAGUAUGAAUAAGGAUGUUGUACCAUGAUAUGAACCUACUGUAUCUACGAUGUUUCUCUACUUUUUUUCUGCAUCAUACUUUUACAUGGAUUCUGUGGUCAGUGUGAUUCAGAAUAUCGAUGCCCAUGUCCACAGGGCAUCAACUUAAGAGGAUUGCGCAUCUUCAAUCGUGUCCCUGGGUGCAAUGUUUUCUAUAGAGCACGACUCAGGAUAUUGAUGCCCAAGCCUGCGCAGCAUCAACAUGAGAGGAUGGCAAAUCAGCUUCAAACCUUAUUUAUGGGUGUAAUGUUUUCUAUAUUGCUUGAAAGGACGAUGUUGUACAAUGUAUCUAUUGUGUCUAUGAUGUUUCUCUACCUACCUUGUACCCCGCCGGAGUGUAUCUGCAGUUGUAAAAUGACUGAAAGCUCUCUACGGCAGCUUUCUACGCUCUUGCAUAAAUAAAAACUGAAUGAAUGUUUGUGGGUCCUA